CAGGCAACAUUCGCUGUCUUCUCCUUCUGCUCUUGCCUCUUUUCACUUGUUUUCCAAAAGAAAAAACAAAUAUGGAAGAGACCUCCCCCACCCUGCAACAGCGCCUUCAGUUCAUCAUUCAAAACAGGCCUGAAUGGUGGGUGUAUUCCAUUUUCUGGCAGGCUUCCAACGAUCGCCUUGUUCUGUCGUGGGGCGAUGGCUAUUUUCGUGGCACUAGAGACCUCACUUCCAAAGCCACAAAUAGAUUCAGCACUCAAUCGAGAAUUGGGUUCGAUUUGGAGAUCAGAAAGAGGUCAUUCAAAGAUAUUCAAUCUCCUUUUGCUGAAGAGAUGGACAUGGGGAGGGUGAUUGAUGGCGAUGUCACGGACUAUGAGUGGUAUUAUACUGUAUCAAUCACGCGAUCCUUCUCCGUUGGGGAUGGAAUCCUCGGCCGGGCUUUCAGUUCUGGUUCUUAUUUUUGGCUAACUGGUGAUCAAGACUUGCAAUUUUAUGAGUGCGACAGAGCUAAAGAAGCUCAAAUGCGUGGAAUUCGGACUUUGGUCUGCAUUCCCACCUCUUCUGGAGUUGUUGAAUUGGGUUCUUCAGAUCUCAUCAAAGACGACUGGAGCGUGGUGCAAUUAGCAAAAUCCCUUUUUGGUUAUGAUGUUAACCGUGUCCUUUCAAAGCAGCCUAGCUCUGAAUGUCAAGUAUCUCAGGUACGAUCUUGUCUGGACAUCGGAAUGAUUUUGGGGGACCAAAAGCAAAGAGUUUUUGAAGGAAAGCAAUCAGCAGCAGGCGAAGCAACUAAAGAACCAUCUGGUAAUUUAGGUCGAUCAUCAUCUGACUCUGGUACACCUGAUGAUUCAGAGGAAACUUUUGGCUCUACAGACACAGGUGGUGUGAUAAGGAAAAGAGGGAGGAAACCAAAGGGUAGGAAAGAAUGUCCGGUAAACCACGUGGAAGCCGAAAGGCAGCGGCGGGAGAGGCUGAACCACCGUUUCUAUGCACUCCGAUCAGUGGUUCCUAACGUGUCCAAGAUGGACAAAGCAUCCUUGCUGUCAGAUGCAGUAGCUUAUAUCAAGGAGCUCCGUGGGAAAAUUGAUGUGCUGGAGGCCAAACUCAAAGAAAAACCCCGGAAACCUGAGUGGGUUAGGACUAAUGACUUUGAGAAUUACCAAAGAGUGAAGUCGAAUUUUGAAGGUACAAUGUCAUCUUCAGAAUCAAGUUCUGGGACUAAAACAACGGAGGUGGAUGUCAAGAUUGUAGGAUCAGAAGCCAUGAUUAGGGUGCAGUGUCCGGAUGUAAAUUAUCCGGCGGCGAGACUGAUGGAGGUGCUCCGAGAGCUGGAGUUUCAUGUUCACCAUGCCAGCAUAUCAAGCGUUAGGGAGAUGGUGCUUCAAGAUAUUGUGGUCGGAAUUCCCAACGGAUUCAUAACUGAGGAGGUUAUGAGAACUGCUAUCAUUCAAAAAUUGCAGUUGUUUAUGUAAUCUUUCCUUCAUGUUCUUCUUUCUUUUAGUUGGAUGCUUUUUCUUCUAGCUUGUUUAAUUUUGUCUUUCACUUCCGGUUUAAGAAGAAAAAAGUCUUUCUUAA